CGCUGAGGUGAUGACGUGUCAAGAAGGUGCCGGAAGCACCCUUUUUCCUCAGAAAAAUGGCUUACCAGACGAUCCGACAGGAAUAUUUACAGAUUCCAGUGGUCACAAGAGCUUACACGACCGCCUGCGUACUCACGACAGCCGCCGUGCAAUUAGAACUCAUCACACCUUUCCAACUGUACUUCAACCCUGAUUUAAUAUUAAAAAAUUAUCAGGUAUGGCGGGUAAUAACCAACUUUUUGUUUUUUGGUCCGGUGGGGUUCAACUUCUUAUUCAACAUGAUAUUUUUGUAUAGGUACUGCCGGAUGCUGGAGGAGGGAUCGUUCAGAGGAAGAACUGCUGACUUUGUCUUUAUGUUCCUCUUCGGUGGCCUUCUUAUGACUAUAUUUGGCACGUUUGUCAAUCUUGUGUUCUUAGGUCAGGCUUUUACCAUUAUGCUGGUGUACAUCUGGAGCAGACGAAACCCGAACGUGCGCAUGAAUUUCUUUGGCCUUUUAAAUUUCCAAGCGCCCUUCUUACCAUGGGUGCUGAUGGGAUUCUCUCUGCUGCUGGGAAACUCCAUCAUUGUGGAUCUUUUAGGCAUUGCUGUGGGACACGUGUACUACUUUCUGGAGGAUGUGUUUCCCAACCAACCAGGUGGUGGCAGAUGGCUGAGGACUCCCUCUGUUCUGAAAAUGCUCUUUGAUACACCAGAGGACGAUGCCAACUACAACCCACUUCCUGAGGAGCGUCCAGGAGGCUUUGCCUGGGGUGAGGGUCAGAGACUCGGAGGCUAGUCUAAGCACUCUUGUGCCUGUCACUCCAUGGACAUCUCUGAGAACAAGGAAAAAUGUGUUUCUCUUGUACUGUACAAAAGAACAGGAGCUCCACUCACAGAACUAGAGAACAUCUUGCUGUUUGGAAAUCAUCUGCCUCAAAGUAUCUGCGAGACACAUACUGCACCUCUGACUGUGGAUUUAACAAAGGAACUGACUUUUGAUAUGUUGCUGUGGCCAUUUUUGUCCAGCACAACAGUGAUUCUAAAUGGAGCAGCUGCGGAAGGAAAAAUAUCUAUUGAUAACCACCAGGACAGUUGUAAUUUUACAUACAUUAUUUUUUUUUUAAGUAUAAAUGUAUGCUAAAAAAACAGUGUCUUGACUCCUUAUUUUAAUUUUGUUUUUUAUUUAAAAAAAACAGUUGAUUUACUAGGAUUUCAUAGACAAGCAUAACUACCUCAAGAAUAAGGCGUAAUACAUGAAAAAUA